AUGGAAAUUUCCCUCCAUGCCCUUACGGGUCAUGUUGCCCAAGACACCAUUCGAGUACCUGGAUUAUUCAACAAGCAUGACAUUAUAGUGCUGGUGGAUACUAGCAGCACCCACAGUUUCUUAGAUGCUCAUCUGGCAGAGAAGUUACAGCUCCACAUCAAACCAACUGGACACAUACUAGUUAUAGUAGCUAAUGGAGAUACUACACUCAGUAUAGGUUUGUGUCCUGCCUUAAACUGGUCUAUGCAAGGUCAUCAGUUCUCUGGGGAUUUGAGGGUUUUGCCCUUAGGAGGGUGUGACAUGGUAUUAGGUGUUGAUUGGCUGAAACAGUUAGGUGAUGUGACUUUUAAUCUGGCUCAAUUAAAACUUUCUUUUGUCCAUCUUGGCCACAAAAUUACCUUACAGGGGAGUUCUACUACUGCUUCUUUGCGCAUGUUAAGUGGGUCUUCUAUCAGGAAGUUCAUUAAGAGUAAAACACCAGCUCUUAUUGGUCAUUUUUUCUGUCUCUCUGCUAGACCCUUAUCACCAGUACCCCCUGAAAUUACUUCUUUUUUAUCUAGCUUCACAUAUGUUUUUGAUACCCCUACUUCUCUGCCUCCUAAUAGAGUAUUGGACCAUAAAAUUCCUUUGAAGCCUAACUCAGAACCAACCUCUCAGAGACCCUACAGAUGUCCUUAUGUACAAAAAUCCAUAGUAGAGAAACUGGUUCACGAGAUGUUAGAUUCUGGUCUUAUUCAAAAUAGUCACAGCCCUUUUGCAGCUCCAAUAUUGUUGGUUAAGAAGAAAGAUGGCUCUUGGAGAUUCCGUGUGGAUUACAGAAAGCUUAAUAAGAUGACAGUGAAAGAUAAGUUUCCCAUUCCACUGAUUGGGGAGCUUCUAGAUGAUCUCAAUGGUGCUAUCACUGCAGAAGGGGUUGCUGCUGACUCAGAUAAGAUUGCAUCCAUGGUUAGUUGGCCUACUCCGUCUACACUUAAACAAUUAAGGGGCUUCUUGGGUCUUACAGCUUUAGAUGCCUUCAUGAGCCUUAAACAAGAUAUGGUGACUGCACCAGUCUUGGCUCUACCUGAUUUUUCUAAGCCCUUUGUUCUAGAAACAAAUGCUUGCUCAACUGGUGUUGGAGAUAUUCUUAUGCAGUUAGGCAAACCUAUUGCAUUCUAUAGUAAAGCAUUGGGUCCUAAAGCUUUGGCCUUGUCCACUUAUGAGAAGAAGCUGCUGGCCAUUGUGAUGGAAGUACAGAAAUGGAAGCACUACUUGUCCAAUAAUCAUUUCAUAAUUUACAUUGAUCAUCAAAGCUUAAAGUUUUUCAUGGAACAAAGAAUUACUUCAGUUCUACAACAAAAAUGGCUGAUGAAAUUGCUUGGGUUUGAUUAUGUUAUUAAAUAUAAAAAGGGUCUUGACAAUAAAGCUGAUGAUGCCCUUUCCAGAAUCCCUCAUGCUGCUUCUGAGUGCCUAGCCAUGUGCAAAGGCAUACUUUACAUUGGCUCCAGCAAUGACAUCAGAGCCUCUAUAAUGCAUUAUGUGAAUUCAUCAGCAGUAGAAGGUCAUUCAGGUAUGACAGGUACUUAUAACAGAGCAAAAGCUUAUUGCUAUUGGCCCAGAAUGAAACAAGAUAUCCUACAGUUUGCGAUUGAAUGUGAUGUUUGUCAGAGCAAUAAAGGAGAAAGAUUACACCCUGCUGGCCUUUUACAACCUCCCCCAAUUCCUGAUACAAUAUGGCAGCAUAUGUCCAUGGAAUUUAUUGAAGGUCUCCCUCUUUCAAACAAGAAAAAUGUGAUUCUGGUAGUGGUGGAAAGGCUCACCAAAUACAGCCAUUCCAUUGCCUUGGCUCAUCCAUUUACUGCUAGUUCAGUUGCCAAGGAAUUUCUACAGCAAGUAUUUAAGUUACAUGGUCUCCCUACUUCUAUAAUCUCAGAUAGAGACAAGAUUUUUGUCAGCCAAUUUUGGCAGGAGUUGUUUAAGUUAUUAGGGACUACCAUUCAUCUCAGUACCUCUUAUCAUCCACAAAUAGAUGGCCAGACAGAGAGGAGUAAUGCUUGUCUAGAACAAUACCUCAGAUGCAUGUCUGGUUCCUCUCCAAAGAAUUGGUAA